UCAUCUAUGGUCUAUGGUCGCAACAUGUCACACAUAUACAACACACACAUACGCACAACACAACUGUACAGCCCGCGCCAUGGCCGCGAAGAAGUUGUUUCGUCGUUUUUGUAAACGAUACUGAGAGACGGUCGUAUUGCGAAACGCGGGCGAUCUCACCGAGCGAUCGGCGACGUGCGGCAACUAGAGAAUAUCGCUGAUCGUGCAUCCGCUGUUACGGCCGUACCAUGCAGAACUUUGAUGAUCUUGAUAUAGAGGGACGUAAUCCUUCUCACUUAUCGGAAGAGGAUAAGGAAAAGGAAGAGUAUGAUCGGAAGCGUAUAAUGCGGUGCAGCGUCACCGCCGAAGACGGCGCAUUGAAACCUGUCUACUCCGAGACCGAAGACGGUGAUAUAUGGUGUCAUAUCUGUAACGUUGCCUUAUUCGGCGCCCAUAAAUUGAUAAAUCAUAACUUGUGUAAUCGUCACAAAAUGAAACUGGACGAGUGGCCAUAUCCGGUUAUGCUGUGGUCCAAACGGCCGGAUGUGGCCAAGAUGGUCGCGCCAGUGCAAUCCACCACUAUCGGCGACACCCUGGCGCCUGGUGAGCCAGUACCACCUGGUAUGGAAGACCAAAUAACGCGGACCACGUCGAUACAGAUGAGCUUAGACCGUCAUCAAAGCUCGCCGCUCGUCGGCCUCGAGUACCUCCUCGAGCUGGUGGACAACGACUCCUGCGAGCCGAGUUACACGUGCGUUUUGUGCGACAAGCGUGGCGAUCCGCGCACAGUAAUGGCCCACAUUACCAGUUACAAUCAUCGAAUCACGUAUCUGAAUAGACACUUUCCAACUAUAUCGCGAGCAAUCACGGAGCUACCGCGUACCCCUAACUAUAAGCGCGGAGCCAAUGAAAUAUCGGUGUUAGUGGCGAAGAAAAUUGAAGAAAAGUUCGGAAGAAUGAAGCCGCAAUUGGUAGACAAAGCUCAGUUCGAAAAGAAUAAGAUGCAAUAUAUCAAGAGGGUGUAUCAGGACGUUCACUUUAGGGAAACGUCAGAGUGUACAUUUAUGGAAGUUUACGAUGUGCGAUGGGUAACAAAUUUUGACGAAAAAAUGGCAGAAGUGAAUGGUAAUAUUAGGAAAAAAGAUUCCCCUGAUAAAAAGACUGAUGAUAAGAAUAAGAAAGAAGAGAAGAAAAAGGAAAAGUCACCUAAAAAAUUAGAGUCUAAAGGAGAAGUUACGAAAUCGGGUUUCAAGAUGCGUAUAGUUAACAAGGAUAAGAUGAACCUUCGUAAAACCUCGCCGAAGCCCGAGGAAAACGUAAAAAAGUCACCAAAACGUCCCUCGGAUGACACCAAAUCACUUUCGUCACUUUCGAGCAUAUCUAGCAGUCCAUCGCCGUCCCGUUCGAGAUCUCGUUCACCGAAUCGGAAUAAAAGAAGAAGUUCCGUCGACAGGAGCUCAGGAAGGUAUCGUAGCAGCCUGCGACACUCGCGCGAACGUAUCCGCGGCCGAUCGCGAUCGCGGUCGCGGUCUUUACAGCCUCAUAGGGAACGCGACAAGUGGGAUAAAUACCGCGAGCAGAUUAGACGCGCCGAGGAAACGUUAGAUCGUGCUCUCAAGUUCCACGAGAAGAAUCCUGAAAAGCAUCCGUCUUAUCCGGACGAGUGGAAGAAAUUCUGGAACAGACGAUACAAGGAACUCCAGGCCGAAGGUAACGAUCCGAGCAAACACGACUUCAAACCGGAGUGGAUUGAGUUUUGGAACAAGCGAAUGCGCGAGAUUCACAGUGAGCAGCUUCAGCAACGGAAAGAAGAGAUCAGAAAGAGAUUGGAAUUGCCGGAGGACAAACCGCCGGAGAAGUGGGUUCCACCGAGGCGAGAGCGAGAACGAGAACGGGAGCGGGAACGUGAACGUGAACGUGACCGGGAACGUUCGCCUGCGAAGCGCAGCAGGCAUCGCAUAGAAAGCGACGAUGAAGUAGAGUACGUCGGUACGAAAGUGGCCAAGCCUGACUAUUAUGACCGUCACGAACUUAGGGAGCGCGAUUACAUGUAUUCUUCCUACUCGCGCGGAAGAGGAACCGUAUACCAUAAUUAUCCGUCGCGUACUAGGCCGAUAUAUUAUGCGACGCCGUAUCCUGUAAAAGAUAAGUCGCCCACUUCGUCGCCUGUCGUGGAAGAGGUAUUGGCGGAGGAUCUAGAAGUCGUCGGCUUAUUGCGACUACUCACGGCGCUUGAGGGGCAGCUAGGCUCCCUUGGUCCUAAGAUAGUAUCGCUUUUGUCGAAAGCCCUAGCGGCUGAGAAGUUAAAACCAAAUUCCGCUGAAGAACUGCUAUACGACGAGGAAGUGAGCGUCCUGUUCGAGACCGUUAAAGAGAAACUCAAGGGUCAGCUGUUCGCGGGCAUGGUGGAAAAAAUGGCGAUUACAGCCACUAAGACUGCUAUACAGAAUAUCGCAAAGUUGCUGCACAGAGCUUCCGAGGGCAAGAAACAGCUAGAGGAGGAGAAGAAAAAGAAGGAACGGGAACUUCUGGAAGCGUCUAAACCUACGACGAGUUUCGUCAAUCGGAUCGCGUAUUCAAGACCGGUGGAGAUAGCUACGCCGGUCAUUAAGUCUGAACCGGUGAGCGUACCAGGUGUCGGCACAGUUGAUAAAGUUGCUAUCGCUCAGCAGAUUGCCGCGGCCCUCGUCGCGCAAGGUAGAUCGAAUGUUUCGCAGGAAGAAUUGGAAACUCUCAUUAACGCUGUAGUCGGCAUGGCAGAGGCGUCGAAACACUCCGAUAAACCCGUCACCACUGCCGACUUCGUCAAAGGUCUAGCGAAUUGUGGCACUGUCGCCGCUCCUCAAGUAACAGAGCCUCUUAAAACGGUAUCUAUUCUGAGCGAAAUUACUCAACCUCAGAUUGCGAAAAUAGAGAAUUUAUCAGACAACGAGCUGAAAAUAAAGUUGCAGAAAUUUAAGGAUCUGAGCACGGAGGAGCAGCACAGUCUCAUAAGUUCGCUGAAGAAGCUUGAGGCGAGUGAUCCGACACGAGUGGAGAAAUUGAGAGACUUUGUUAAUCUCGGCAUGACACUGUCGUCGACAUCGAUAUUGGGAAGUGUCAAAUCACCAAGCCCGGAAGUCGAAGCCAUUGGCAAAGGCAGGAAGAGCAAUUCCCCGUUUUCCACCCGUAAGGGCAUUCAGAAUCCAACGGAUGACGAAGACAAGUGGAAGCCUAAAGUGGACAUGUUUGCGAACGACGAGGACGAUGAGCCACAAACGAAAAAGGAUAGCGAUGACAAAACUAAGGCCAAGACGAUAGACUUGUCCGACGAUGAUGACGACUACACGUACGAGGAUAUCUACAAGGCAGCGAGCAAGAAUGUGAGCGAGAAUGAAAAAGCGAAGAAGUCCCGUACUUAUUCCAGGUCGCCGAAAUCAUGGUCUCACUCGCGUUCGCGAUCGCGAUCGAGGUCACGAUCGAGAUCGCGGUCGAGAUCGCGAUCGCCGGUAUCGCGACAAAAGGAAAUUACGAAAACGAGCGAUCCGAACGCAUUACUGAACGAAACCAAACGCCUGAUUGCGAACAUUAUGGGCGACCUGCCGAACAAAUACGUUCCGAAAUCGUUGAGCUUGGGUGGCGAGAAGACCGAGUCCGUGGCGGGUUCCGCGGAACCGGCGCCGCCUGGUGCAGUACCGACCUUUUACAAUCAAGGUUUCCUUCCGAACAAUCAGCCGCGGCCACAGGAACAGCCGAUGACCUAUCCUAACGUGUCGAAUCAGCAGUACCCGAAUUAUCAGCCGCAGCCGCAGAUGUUUCCCAAUAAUCCCGGAUACAUGGACAACGGUUACAAUUAUCAGGGUUACAGCAAUCCAGUCAAUCAAGGCCAAUACGGCGGACCGCCGAAUCAGUAUCCUCAGCAAACUUACGGCUCUUUCGGUGCACCGCAAACCGCGCCUCCGACAAACUACGUUCAGCAACCUCCGUCGCAGCAAUACGAUCCUUACAUGCAGCAACAGCGAUUUUAUUGAAUGAAAGAUCCUUUGCGUCAUCGACGACUCUUCUUCAAUGGACAAUCGUGUUGCAGCACGUCAAGUCCGCGAGCUCGAACCGAGUCCCAAGCCUCGUUCUCUUUCUGUGCACAGAUGUACAAGUGCCAAGUUCUGAACGUCGUCGUUUCAAUUUACACUUUAUGUAAUUUUUUAACGAAAUGGGUCAGAUUCUAUUUCGUAAUUAGCCAACGACAAUUACAAGCACUUUCGUUUCUGUCUACGCAAGUGCUUCCGUAAUGCCGAAAAGCUGUACUUAGACAAUUGCAAAUCCAGACGUUUUGCCCGAUCCCUCUCUGUACAUGUAUUUUUAUUUAUUCGCACGAAUGAAACGUAUCUCCUAUCCAUAUCUCAUCAAAAUUCGAGUAAGAAAAUCAUUGUCAUUUUCGAAUGGAAUAAAGUCUCGUUUCAAUGUAUAACUCGAGAGCGUGUCAAUCGUCUGUUAACAUGUAAUUCGGCAUUUUUUUAUCCGUACAUUGUGCAUCUUUUCAUCCGUAACUCGCAUUUCGUUUUCGCAUAAGUUUUCAUGUAUCUGCUGCGCGGGUGUGUGUGCUAGUGAAAGUCUCAUAAGCUGUGUAUCGACCGAAUGUACGUCGCGUUCGAGCGAAUUGUACGUGUGCGAAGUGAACGUGUGUCGUUGUUAUAUAUACAUAUAUAUAUAUAUAUAUAUACAUCACAUGACUUCGACCAAACGAAAGUAAGUAAAAUAAACAGUCUAAUCGCCAGAGCGUGUACAUCGUCAUAACAUAAUCUUACUAUUUGUAAUAUAUAUUUGAUAAGUAAUAACCGCUUUUGUCGCAUAGAAAUUGUGGCGAUAUUUAAUAAAGCAGAUCGUAAUGACUGUGUAAAAGCCGUUUUAGGUUGCUGAAAUAUUUUACACCUGCGGUAUUCGGGACAUUUAACAUUUACCAUAAUCAAAUUGUAAUUCUUUAAUAAAUAUAUGACAA